AUGGCCACAAGAAUGGAGGACUGCCGCCCAAAAGACCCAGAAUUAAUACCAUUUAAAAACUUUCCGAGCACCAUGCCACGCUUAAUGCUGAUGCUAGCAAUGGCCAGGUUGGCUUGUAUAGUUGGAACUGUCAUCAGUGCAGACACCCCAGGGCACUCUAUCACAAGAAAUACCAACCAUCUAGAUGAUCUAAAAAUAAUCAACAACAUAUUAGAAUCUAUUGGAAUUGACCUGAAAACACAGCAACAUUCACGUUCAAUACAUGCUAAUGAUAUCAACGAUGAAGGAGAUCCUUUUGAAAGAGACAUGAAUGCAAGAUCGAUUGAGAAACGUUUUACACGAUCUUGGAUUGACAUGAUCGGGCAUAAAGUUCGUCCUCGAAAGGGGAUCACGAAGUCUAUCGUUAGCAACGAUGGAAUGCCAAUGUUGCAGAUGUCAGGCUUCAUGGGCAAGCGUACCCAGAUGCAACCAACCAUUGAAAAUAAACAGAAUGAGGUUAAUCCUCUGGAUUCCUCCAUGUAUUCUGAUGAUUUUAUGGACUCUGAAUCGGAAGAACGUCUGUAUAAAAAACAAAAUGAUAACAACUGGGGGCUACCUGUCGAGUUCCCGAAUCAAAUGAAAAGAGUAGAAGGGAGCAUCGACACCAUUAACACAGAACCACCAAUGGGGAAUGAUGAACACUUAAAACGAAUACUUUUAAAGGAUCUACUGAGUUCUGCAUUCCAACAACACGAGCUAAAACGUAACUCCAUUAUGCCUAUCCUUCACUAUCUUCCCGCUAUUCAGUCGAGGUUCCAAAAGCAAAAACAAUUCACGCCACCAAUACUUCAUAUGGGAGGGAUGAUUGGUAAGAGAAACAGGCACAUUGAUAUUAACAACACUGAAAGUGAACCUAAUUUCAAACUUUUGGUAAAAGCGGUUCUAUCUGCGCUUUCCAGUGAGGGUUACCAGACUUGACAUUAAUUUAAACCUGGUAGGACGAUCAGCAGAUACGUUUGCUGGAUGUGGUAUCCAUAACAAAAAACGACAUAUUUUUCUUAAAACUUUUUGAACACUCAUACCAACUUUCAUUAAUUUGAUCUGAUAUAUGACUCGAUUCUAAUUAACAAAGCGCUAAAAUUAAUAGUGAAUAAAAUACAAUUUUUGGGCUUACAAAAAUUGAUUAACACCACAUUUUGCCUUAAUUUUCUAAUUGUCUAUGACUGUAAAGAAGUCUCGAAAGCCUAAAAAUCCUCAUGUAUACAUAUAUACUUCAGUAAAUCACUUUAUUUUACACAUGACAAAAAUCAGGAUAUAAAGCAUAUCCAAUGCAGAACAAUAAACAGUAAGAACCUGAGGGGUAAAAGAAAAAAAUUGUACUGAGUAUUUAUUUAAAUCUCUCUGAGUAAAUAAUUUAUAAUUGCAACACACUCAUUUUGCGUUUCAUCUGUGAUUAGAUCUGUCUUGUGAAACCUUAAAGUGUAGAGCCUAAAUGUAGUACUAACCAAAAAUUUCAAAAAGGCAUUAAGGCUUUAAUUUCCUGUUUAAGAACCCCUAUUCU